AGUUCCCGUUGAACUCGUUGAGCUCUCCGGGUAAUCUCAGCUGCUCAUUAGCGACAGCUGUGCGUGACGUCUUCGCCGUGGUGACGACACGUGACGUGUCUCUGUCAACAGAACAAUGGCGGAUACCGUGGAGGAAGCGCAGGGCAGCUGGGACCAGGAUUUAGCUGAGGCUCUGGACUCUGGUGGGUCAGACAGUGAGAUGGAGAGGGGCAUCAUGCAGAUCCAAGAGCAUUCAGUUGAACACAAAGCCAAAAUGUGGAAGAUUGCCCUGAACGUCUCCGGAAAAGGAGACAGCCUGUCCCCGUGGGACGGUGUGCUUGAUUUACCAGAACAGACGCUCAUUCACAACCGCAGUCAGCAGCUGAUUGACCAGCUGGGAGUUUCAGAGGAGGAGAGGGGCGAGAUGGUGUCCGACGUGGAGUCGGUCAUCACAUUCUACUGCAAGUCUCGCAACAUCACCUUCACCCCCGAGCUCAGCUUGCCUCACCUGCUCAAGCCGCUGCUGGGGCUGAAGUUGCCCCGCAGCGACCUCUACAACUGUUUCUACGCCAUCGUGAACAAAUACAUCCCCAGGGAGUGCGUCCCGAAAGGACGACCCUUCCACCUUUACAGACUGUUGCUGCAGUACCAUGAGCCGGAGCUGUGCUCCUUCCUAGACACCAAAAAGAUCACACCCGACUCCUACGCCAUCAGCUGGCUGGGGAGUUUGUUUUCUAGUCACUGCAGGCCCGAAGUUACUCAGGCUCUGUGGGAUUCGUACCUCCAGCAGGCAGAUCCUUUCCUCAUCUUCUUCCUCAUGCUAAUCAUCCUCGUCAAUGCCAAAGAAACCAUCCUUGCAGAAGAAGCAGAGAGCAAAGAGGACAUCAUCAAAAUGUUGGAGAUGUCUCCUUCUCUGCUGGAAGCAGAAGACAUUGAAGAUUUGUUUUCAUUGGCCCAGCAUUACCAGAGCAAAACCCCGCUGUCACUUAGAAAGAUGAAUCAGAAUCUGUUUGGUAGCAGCCUGGUGGCUCUUAAAGAGGAAGAUACUGAUCUGAGUCAGGCUCUGUGUCUCCCCGUGUCUGUCCCAGAGAUCCUGCAGGCCAACCAGCUUCAACAGGACGGGGUGCGCUUCUUUGUGGUGGACUGUCGACCUGCAGAGCAGUACAACGCUGGACACCUGUCCACGGCCUUCCAUCUGGACUCUGACCUGAUGCUCCAGAACCCGUCCGAGUUCGCUCUGUCUGUGAAGUCCCUGUUGGAGGCUCAGAAGCAGUCUUUAGAGUCAGGCUCCAUCGCCAGCGGAGAGCACCUGUGCUUCAUGGGCAGCGGGAGAGAGGAGGAGGACAUGUACAUGAACAUGGUGCUGGCCCAUUUCCUACAGAAAAACAAAGAAUAUGUGAGCAUUGCUAAGGGAGGCUUUAUGGCCCUGCAGAAGCACCUGGUGGACAUGAACGUUGAAGGCCUCGACUCUUCAUACAUGAACUGGAUAGUCAGCACAUCUGGAUCUCACAGCAGCCUCAGCUCUGUGGAUGGAGAGUCUUUGAGCAGCCCUGGAGACGGCAAAGGCGUGAAGUCUCUGGUCAAUAAAAUGACUUUUGCUCUCAAGUCCAAGUCUGUUAACGUAAAGGAGAAGAUGAUCAGCUUCAUUGAGAACACGUCUACGCCUGUAGACAGAAUAUCUUUCAAUCUGCCUUGGCCAGAGAAGGUGAUUCCAGAUCGACACGUGAGCAGCAGCGACCGAGUUGGGAAACCGUACCGGGGCGUGAAGCCGGUCUUUAGCAUUGGCGACGAAGAGGAGUACGACACAGAUGAGAUCGACAGCUCCUCGAUGUCAGACGACGACCGAAAGGAGAUUGUGAACAUUCAGACGUGGAUCAACAAGCCCGACGUUAAACACCACAUUCCCUGUAAUGAAGUUAAAGAAACCGGUCACAUGUUUCCCAGUCACUUAUUGAUCACGGCGACCCACAUGUACUGCCUCAGGGAGAUUGCCUCCAGGAAAGGAUUUGCUUACAUCCAGUCCAGACAGGCGCUGAGCUCCGUGGUGAAGAUCACAUCCAAAAAGAAGCACCCAGAACUCAUCACCUUCAAAUUCGGGACCAACAAUUCAGCUGGAGUGGAAAUAUCUGCAGUUGAGAGAUAUUUGAUACCAAACGCAGGCGACGCCACAAAAGUCAUCAAGCAGCAGAUCAUGAAAGUAUUAGACGCUCUGGAGAGCUCGUAAGCGCAGGCUGCGGUCGCAGCAGGCGACACAAACUGUGAGAAGACUCGUCUCCUCCCCCGCUCCCCCGUUCCUGGGCGUCCUCCCUCCUGGACAGAUCCCAGUGCAGUGUUUGACUCUGACGCCCCCGCACCCCCUCCCGCUCCCCGUGUCUCCAGUUCCUGGGACGUUUUGGGACGCGCCGCCAACAGCAGGCCUGCGGGUCAGUGCUGCCCGUGUCCGAAUAACUUAGGUGCUCCGCAGUCAUCCAACCACUUUACUGUGACUAAUUUAAGAAAAAUCGGUUAUGUCGUGUGUUCUUCCUUUUACAGUGCAGUUUGGCUUUGAUGUUGCUCUGGCCUUAACGUAGCAUACUGGCCACCCAGUGGCGAAUCUAUAAAACCCAUGCAUAACUGACCUUUUGAUUUGUCUUUUAGUUUUCUUGUGAUCUUUCUUUACAUACUCGGUAAAUUUAUUAUUCAUCAUUUUUAGUAUGUGUCAGCUAAGCUACAUAUUGGCAACACUGGCACAGAAUUCAUGCUUUUUUUUUUUCUUUCUUUUUCUGAUAACGUUUCUCCCUUUCCAUCAGGUAGCCUUAAGCAGAAGUUAUUUGAAGGUGUUUAUAUAUAUAUAUAUAUAUAUAUAUAUCUAAUGUAUAUACUGCGUGAACUGCUCUGUCAAAACAGAAAUGUCAUUAUGAAAGCACAUCCUGAUGGAGAAAAUACAGAAAACUGUGGAGGUUUGAAACAUCCCUUGUUCCUACACUAAACGGUUUGCCUUUGAGUAUUUCUGUGGGCCAAUUUAUUCUCAUUUAUCCUCUUUAGCAUUCGUCUCUAAGCAGUUUGUAGCUCAAGAAGCCCCACCCAAGAGCUACGCUAGGAUCACUCCAGGAGGUUCGGUGAUUGCAGUCGACAAAAGCCGGAGGAACUCGUCCGCUCUUUCCUUCUCAUUCAGUUUAUUACGCAGGUCUCUUUGUUCGCCUCCUUGACUGGCAUAGAAAAUGUUUAGCUCCAAAUAGGAAUGAAACAUUAGCUGACUGGUUAUGUUUCCAGACCAGUUUGGUGUUUUUGGUUGUAUUGAUCCAAACCGAGCCGCUUCGGUUGGCCUCAUGGCUGUGAUGUCAGUUUUGGGCACCAGCAGCGGCGGCUUCGCCCAUCAACAUGCAGUUUAUGUUCUCACAUUUGCUUUUGCUUACCGACGCAUUUUUGCUUUAAGGUUUCCUGUGCGGGCAGCAUGGGGAUCUAUUUAAGAGGAAAUUUCAGUUUCUACAGCACUCUGUAAAUUGUAUUUAUUUCUAAUCGCCCGUAUAAAAACUAAAAAUCUUUUGAGAAAUGCCAUGGGGAAAAAAGAAAGCCAAACUUGAAACAGAAGGUCUUAAUCGGGUUUGUCUUUUGGUCCAAUCCGUUCUUGUGUCGCCCUGUUUGUUGUGUUGUCGGUAUUCUCUCUGACUGGAACAUCCUCGACCGGGAGGGAGUUUUUACGUCACUCUGUAGCAUCAGACACGACGCCGACCACUAUUUUGAAAUGAAAGAAGUAUAAUUUACUUUGCACCUUACUGUACUGCUAUUGUUUUCUAAACAUUUCUGGUUUUAAUAAAUGGAGAUUAUUGGACCGCACUUGUAGACAUGUUUAUUAAAAAAGUUCCAUGUACUAAA